AUGCCGAAUACAGAAGAAACUUUACGUGAAUGUGGCCGUUGGUUAUGUCAUUCAUUUGAUAUAUUAAAAGCUAUUAUGAUGAGACUUAUAUUUGCAUUGCAUGCAACUAUAGCUAUUGUAAGAAUUGUUGUAACAAAAGGUGAUUAUUGGUAUUUAUUAAAUAUGUGUGGAGUUAAUUUCCUUCUAAUUGAAUUAAUUGUUACUAUUGUUAAACGCAAAGGAAAGGAACCAAAAUGGUUUUCACCUUGUUUUUUUCUUUAUAUUUGCACAAUGAUUCCACCGAUUUGGUUUCUUGAAAUAAAUCGUAUUAAUGUCAAACUUGGUAUAACACCAAUAAAUCAAACGGAAGGUGAUGAAUUAACAUCAAUGAUUGAAAAAGGUCUUAUUUCAAAAGCUAAUCUCAAUGAUAAAACGGACGUUGUUAUGCGAAAGAAACUACUAUCAUUAUCGGUUGAUGAUUGGGUUGUAGCUAUUGAAGUAACCUUUUUAAUGACAAUAAUAGUUGGUCGAUGGAUGUUACCAAAAGGCAAAAUAAGUCGUUCGGCAUUAUCUCAACUUUUGCUUGUUUAUUUAUCAUUAGCAUCGGAUAUGAUUGAUUUAUUAUCAAUAUUUCAAGAAGAUAAAGUUAUUAAAAAUAUGGAUAUGGUUUAUUCGAUUUUAGCAGUUUUUUCCUGGUCAACAUUUCAAUUUAGUCUUAAUCUUGUUGCAACACGUGGAAGAAAUUUUAAACUUGAACCUGAACCAUCUAAUCAAGAUCUUGAAAAUUAUAAAGAACAAACACGUCGUAAUGGUGGUAUAAAACCAAUACAAACAGUAUGUCAAAAAAUAUGUCAUAGUGAACUUCCAUCAAUAUUUAUAACGAUUUUAAUGCAAGAUUUACCUUUUCUCGUACUUCGUCUUAUUGCUGUUAUACAUUUUGAAAUUCAAUCAUACACAACAAUAUUUUUUACUUGUAAAAAUCUUUUUAUUUUAUUUCUACAAUUUUAUCGUUUAUGGUCAAUUUGUAUGGAGCAUGUUGAUCAAGAUGAUCCAAUUGAUAAAGAUGCACUUUCAAUAUCACAACGAGCACAACCGACAAGAGAAUCAUUAAAUGCACAGCUUAUUUAG